AUGGAAUACGUUGAGCGGCCUAGAAGCUGCUACAUCCCUCGCAAACCAAUACCUUGGAAUGCGCAACUCGAAGACGCCCCCCACAGAAAUUCAUUCGCAUCCAGCAGCGGCUCAUGGUCUGUCGUAAGCGACAGUCUAGAUAGCAUCGCGCUGGGCGAUAGCUUCUCAUCCGGAUCAGAACGAGCUCGACACUCGCCCAAAGACUAUCGCGCGUUUUCAUUUUCACGGCUCUCCACAGCUUCGCCCGGUUUUCAAGUCUCAUGGCUCGAAGGAUACUCUCAGUCCAGUCCCGCAGUCAAUCCAGGGAAUGCGCAUCUCCGGCCGUCAGACGGGGACAAGGCAUCCCUGUUCCGUAAAAAGCAAACGUUCGACAUGUACCUUGCAAACGUAAAGAAGACGGACAACGCCAACGUGCAGUACGAGUUUGCGCUCUUUCUCCUCGAUUCUAUUCAGAACCGGUCCACGGAGUCUACCGAGAUGACACCGGAUCAUUUACGAAAAGCAGCAAAGUCGAUCCUGCGACGCCUAUCCGACCGCAGUCAUCCACAUGCGCAGUAUUAUCUUGGUGACGGGUACGCCUCCGGGCUGUUCAGCAAAGGGGCAGAGGACUACGACCGCGCAUUUCCGCUCUUUGUCGCAGCUAGCAAGCACGGCCAUGUUGAGGCGUGUUAUCGUGCAGCUCUCUGCUAUGAGCUCGGGUGGGGUACACGAGUCGAAGCUGCGCGCGCAGCACAAUUUUACCGACAAGCAGCAUCAAAGAACCAUCCCGGCGCGAUGUUGCGGAUGGCACAAGCUUGUCUGACGGGGGACAUGGGACUAGGACGGAAGCGAUACCGCGAGGGAAUCAAGUGGAUGAAACGAGCCAGCGAGUCGUCUGACAUGCAGUAUAAUUCUGCACCAUAUGAGCUAGGAUUACUCCAUGAGAGUGGAUAUGGCAAUGAUGUCUUCCCAGACGCCUCAUAUGCCGCACAGUUAUUCACCAGAUCCGCUGAAUUGGGCCAUGCAGAGGCUAGUUAUCGACUUGGCGACGCGUAUGAGCAUGGGAAACUGCACUGUCCACGCGAUCCGCAGUUAAGUAUCCAUUACUACACAUGCGCUGCUGAGCAGGGACAUCCAUUAGCCAUGAUGGCUAUAUGUGCUUGGUACCUGGUCGGAGCGGAGCCGAUCUUGGAACAGGAUGCGAAUGAAGCGUAUGAAUGGGCCAAGCAAGCAGCGGACUUAGAGCUACCAAAAGCACAAUACGCCGUUGCAUUCUUCACAGAAACGGGCUUAGGCUGUGAGCGGGACCCAUUCGAAGCCAGCGCUUGGUAUGUGCGCGCGGCCGAUCAGGGCGAUAUCCGAGCGAAACAGCGAAUAUCCACGAUCCGUGCAGCGGGCGGGUUCGACGUGGAUGAGGGGCCUUCGAAGGGGAAGAAACGAACGGAUGAACAUCGGCCAAAAUGGCUAGGGAUUUUUUAA